UCCUGUGCCAGAAGCUCCUCUCGUCUCCUUUUUGGCGGGAAAGUUCUCCGAGGUGGUCUCUCUCUCUCUCUGUGUCUGUACUAAACUAGAAUGUGUGCGUGGAAGUAAGGGAGAAUGGAAGGCAGCGAAAGCGAGGCAAUAUUCGAGUCGCUGAAUCUGAACCCCCAACUCUUCAUUAACGAAACCCUAAACACCGUCGACGAUUUGGUCCAUGACGCUUUCCAUUUCUUUCGCCAACAAGCUUCGACCCUUUUGAACACCCACGCCACCGAUAGAUCCGAAGAUCUAACCAAGGGUAUUGAUACGGUACGCAGUAUGGUUCAAUCGGUUUUGGAUAAGCGGCUGGCUAUGUGGGAGAAGUACUGUCUUCGGCACUGCUUUGCUCUUCCUCAAGGGUUUUCCUUACCAAAAGCUGAUGAGCCAAAUGGUGACGUUUUGAUGUGUGAAGAACCACUCUGUGAUACAGAUCUUGAAGCACAGCUGGAAUCCUUGAGGAACAAACUUACUGCGGUUGGGAGGGAGUCUGCCGUGCUCGAACGUGAGUUCCAAUCAUUAGAAGAGCUGUGUGCUUCUAGCAAUCGGACUGCUGGAAUUGUCAAUGAGGCGUUACAACUAUACGAGACAAAUUCUGCACAUGACUUCUUCCAGGAGAUGGUGAGAACUGCAUCAGAACUCCGGACACGAAUGUUAAAGUUGAAGAUGGGCAAAUCAUUAGGGACUGAACAGACUAAAGCAGAGAUGUUUUAUAAUCCAAACCGAGAUUUGUCUAAGAUAGAUAGCAAAGGCGCAUCAACUGAAAAGUUGGAAGAACUCCAACAAUUUUUAGCUGAAAUGAAGAAAUUGUAAGCAUCUGUAUUCCCUCACUCAUGGACUGCAGAUGGUAAUCAUUAGUAUGUAUUUUCCGAUUCUAUUAGUUUUAUCUUUCUGUGAUUGUUCUAAAUAAAUCAAUACGGUUGUAAGCGUAAUCACCUAUGCUAUGAACACAUGCAUUUUUCCCUGAUUGGUAAGGAUAAAGCAAUUUUUAGACUAA